AUGGUUGCUGUUCUAGUCUCUUCACCUGAAAUUAGAGCGGCGACUUUGCAUUGUCGGAUACCAUUCUAUCUCCAUCUAUACGCGUCACCAUUCGUCGUUGUUUGGUCCGUCUUUGGCUAUGCCUACUUCACCAAGUACGACGAAUGGUUUGGGACGCAGGAGCGCGCAUUUGCCGCAGGAUCGAUCGUGCUCGCCUGUCAUCUCUUCAGCUUCCUAAUCCCACAAUGCAGCCCGGGUGUCAAGGCGAGGCUGACAUGCGUGAAUGCCUCAUCGCUCGACCAAGCGGAUUGCAUUCGGAUCGUUCCAACGGAAGACAGAGGAAGGGACAUGAUUGUUCCUCUGAGGAAGAACCCUACGAGCCUGACAACCUACACCUUCGUCUACCAAUCUGAGACAUACAUCUGCACUGCGGGCAAACCCUUCACUCGGCUACCCUAUCCGUGCGACUCUCGUCCCCUGCUGUCAUCUUUCACCGCCAUUGGACUGUCGUCGUCGAGUCUGCCUGCUCUGCGGGAGUCUUAUGGUCCCAACACCCUUGAUAUACCCCUGCCGUCAUUUGGCGAAAUGUUUGCCGGACAUGGUGUCGCGUCCUUCUUUGUCUUCCAGAUGCUCUGUGUCGGUCUUUGGUCUCUGGAUGAAUACUGGCACUGCAAUGUGUUUGUCGCUUUCCUGAUGCUGGUGCUCGAGUGCACAGUAAUGUUCCAGCGCGUCAAAACACUCAAGGAGUCUCGGACAAUCCCCAUUGCGCCAUUCCCAAUCUUAUGCUAUCGCGACAAGAAGUGGCGGUCAGUCAAGACGGACGAGCUAGUCCCGGGCGAUAUAGUGUCCAUUACGAGAAGCAAGGAAGAUACCGCUGUUCCUGCCGACCUUCUUCUCCUGCAUGGAUCAGUCAUCAUGAAUGAGGCGCUCCUAUCCGGAGACGCAACACCUCUGCUCAAAGAGAGCAUCAAGCGAUGCAAUGGGAGCGAGAAGCUGGACAUCAAUGGAGCGCACAGCGAUAGCGUACUUUACGGAGGAACGAGGGUGUUGCAAGUACGGCCAGGGGAAGUCACCGCUGGGGAUGGCGGUUGUAUAGCCGAGGUCCUGCGCACAGGCUUCGGAACGACACAAGGACAACUCAUUCGGAGGAUGCUAUCCACUACGGAGGGAGCCUCAGCGCACAACCUCGAGUCGUGGCUCUUCAUCGAAUUCCUCCUUAUCUUUGCUAUCGCCGCGCUGUGGGACGUUUGGGUGCCCGGGCGACAACGUGGCAUGUCCACCUACGAGCGUCUGUCCGACUGCAUCCUCAUCAUCGCAACCGUGGUCCUGCCCCGAUUUCCCAAGGAGCUCUUGCUGGUGGUCAACUGGAGCCUUAUCACGCUGUACAAGUACGGUUAG